AAUCCCAAAUCAGCUCAACGGCCAAAACGACCAACAAGCGCGCCGUCCGCGCACAGACGACGUCAGGCAACAGAAGGGCGAGGGCAUGGGUCCAGCUCGCCACCUCCGCGGCCUCACCGCGCUCUUGAUCUCCGCCGCCCUCUUGCUCUCCGCCGCCAUCCCGGCCGCCAGAGGCCAGGAGGAAACGGAGGACGAGGAGGAGUUCAACUACAUUCCGGGCGACGCGAACGGGCCGGAGAACUGGGGCAGCAUCAAGCCGGAGUGGGCCAACUGCAGCGCUGGGCGCAUGCAGUCCCCGAUCGACCUCGCCCGCGAGCGCGUCUCGCUGGUGCCCGCCCUCGGCUUCCUCAACCACUCCUACCGCCCAGCCCAGGCCUCCAUCGUCAACCGCGGCCACGACAUCAUGGUGAGGUUCAACGGCGACGCCGGCAGCCUGGUGAUCAACGGCACGGCGUACGACCUCAGGCAGAUGCACUGGCACUCGCCCUCCGAGCACACCGUCGACGGCCGCAGGUACGCCAUGGAGCUGCACAUGGUGCACGAGAGCGCGGCGGGCAAGGCGGCGGUGAUCGGCAUCCUCUACGAGAUCGGCCUCGUCCCGGACCCGUUCCUACUUCGGCUGGAGCCCUUCAUCCGCCGGAUCGCCGACAGGAAGGACAGGGAGGAGCCCAUCGGCGUGGUGGACCCCCGGCUCGCGCGCGGCACGGCCAGCGCCUACUACCGCUACAUGGGCUCCCUCACCACGCCGCCCUGCUCCGAGGGGGUCGUCUGGACCAUCAUCAAGAAGGUCCGCAGCGUGUCGAAGCGCCAGCUGGAGCUUCUCAGGGAAGCCGUGCACGACGGCAACGAGAAUAACGCGAGGCCGGUUCAGGACCUGAACGACAGAGACAUCAGCUUGUUUCGCCCUAAGCUACAUAAGCAGGAGCUUUUGAGUUUUAAGGAUAAAUUGGUUGGUGCAUGAAUUGAACACCACUUUCUGUCAGUUUAUGCUUUUCGGAUGAACGGUUCAUGGUAUCAAAACCACUCAGGUUUGAAUCAUGGUUAACACAAUUAAAUAAAAUAAUUGAUGAUCAAACGUAGUUCAGGCCUUCAGAAUAACGUACAUGUGAGUUGCCUUCAAUUGUUGGAUGGUUCAGUGAUGGGGAGAGAUGUAUACUGUGUAUGAUUACAGUUUUGUUCUGUACUUCUUUCUACCUCUGUUAGGCUAUCUCUAAUAGUUUACUCAUCCUUGUCUUUUAUUUCGAAUUCCACUCUAUAAACAGUACAGUCUAGCGAAAGGGUCUCUAGCUGAGUUGAUUAGAUGGUCUCAGUAGCACUUCUUAGGUCUUUAAUUUGACUCCCCGUGAGAGUGAAUUUUAGUCUUUGGUUAAAAAAAUCAUUUCGUCUGUCCCAUGCCGCCAAAGCAUAGAUCUAAGUUUCGGUCGUGGUCGUUCUCACAUGACUACAAUACCACUGUAUAUGGAUGGAGUAGAGGUUCACGAUCUGUUGACCAUAGCAUUAUUUAGGCGAGAUAAUUGGAUUUUUGACACUCAUAAUGUUGUCUUCUUGUUAUAGUUAUCACUGUGUCUAUGAAUUAUGGGUCCAGCUGAGUCUAUGAAAUGUGGACCUGAUGACAAUUU